AUGCACGACGAGAAGAAGAGAUUUCCAAUUAAAUUCUCACAGAAAGUCCAAGAACUCGAAGGUUCCUUGGUGGGUAAGUUACAGCUAUUACAAGACAUACUUCUUCGUGAGGAUCAGAGCAUUAUGUCCGAACAAAACCACAACUUUCCCAAUUAUUCUUCUGUUCCUGAUGAUCAACAACAGAGUGAAUCAGCAACAAGUACCGAGCAAGACAUGAGUCGUGGUGAUGUUUAUAACUCUGCCGCAGCAACUGAUCAGAGUAAAUAUUCAAUCUUUCUGUUUAACCAUGAAAACGCUAGUUUUACUCAAUUGCCUCACUCUCUUUCCUCAAGCCUUCAUCAAACCUAUUACAACAAUCUCAGUGACAACAGGGCUUUGCUUGGGGGACAAGGCUUCAACUUUGGCUUUGGCAACAACAAUGUCACUACUGCUUUACCUGAGGAGCAAGUUAACUUUGGAUACUACAACAACAGUCUCAACUUUGGGUAUGACUUCAACAAUCUUUGUACAUGA